GCCGAAUAUCGGCCCGUACAUCUUUUAAGGGAGGCAUUGACGUCUUUGUCCAUUGUGACUGUGUACGUUGCAACACCAUUUCAUCUCUUGAGUCUCAUCUCAUCUUCAGAAACACACAGACGUGUGAACCAAAUUGUCGGGUCAUUAUCACCGUUUCUGGACUCAAGGUCCCUUCCUUAUCUUGGUUUCGGAUCUCAUUGAUAAGAUAAAAGAACACUAGUUUAGUCAUAGACCGAGGUCUUCCUUCCUUCAUCAAUCCUCUUUCACCUCUCAUCGUCAACUCACUCUGGAGGCGGGUCAGAUAUCGGCAACGACCAAAAAAAAAAAAAGCAACCAUCACAGUUUCUCAAGAAAACCAAGAAACAGAGAAACAAUGGCUGCUUCCGCUGCCGAUAUCGAGUCCCACGACGGCCAGAACGCCGGUCUCCAAACGGCCAAGGAUCUCUUCUCCGGCGCCGUUGGUGGUAUUGCCCAGGUAUUGAUUGGCCAACCCUUCGACAUAGUCAAAGUCCGCCUCCAAACCUCCACCCAAUACUCCUCCGCCCUCACCGCCGCCGCCUCCAUCUACAAGAACGAAGGCGCGCUCGCCUUCUACAAGGGCACCCUGACCCCCCUUUUGGGCAUCGGCGCCUGCGUCUCCAUCCAAUUCGGCGCCUUCCACUCGGCCCGCCGCUUCCUCGAGCAACGCCGUUCCGAGGGUGACAAAUCCUUCAUCCCGGGCGUCUCCAACCUGAGUUACGGCGAGUACUACGCCGCGGGAGCCUUCGCCGGCGUCGCCAACUCUGUCAUCUCGGGCCCCAUCGAGCACGUGCGCAUCAGACUUCAGGCGCAACCGCACGGCGCGGGCGCGUUGUAUUCCGGGCCGUGGGACUGCGUGCGCAAGCUUUCUGCGCAAGCAGGCGGCGUCUUACCCGGGUUGUACAGGGGUGAGGUGGUGACGGUGUUGCGCGAGGCGCAAGCGUAUGGGUUGUGGUUUUUGGCGUUUGAGUGGUUGAUGAACGCGGACGCGGCCAGGAACAAGAUCGAUCGGAAGGAGAUUCCUUCGUAUAAAAUUGCGUUGUACGGUGGACUGGCGGGCGAGGCGCUUUGGUUGGGCAGCUAUCCGCUUGAUGUGGUCAAGAGCAAGAUGCAGACGGAUGGGUUUGGAAGCACGCAGAAGUAUAAGAGCAUGAGGGAUUGCUUUGGGCAGACGUUCAGGCAGGAGGGCAUGAGAGGGUUUUGGAAGGGGAUUGGGCCGACGUUGUUGAGGGCUAUGCCGGUUAGUGCGGGAACGUUUGCGGUGGUGGAGAUGACUAUGAGGGCUAUUAAUUAGAAGGGAUCAGUUCCAUUGACUGGGGAAUGGGGGUGAGGUAUACUAGAGAGCAGAAGAAAGGGGGAAUACUUAGGCUCACUCCACUUGAGCCUCGUGGAUGGAAUUGUGCGAAGGUCAUGACCAAGGAAAGGAAAACGGGAUUCCAUGGAUUGGAUGGAUAGAUGGACAGAUGGGAAAUGGGCUCUUCAACGAGCAGCAUGUUGCAAUUACAGAACUUCCGGGGAUCUUUCAAGGGUUUCAAAAAGCAUACGGACCGCAUUUAAGGGCUAGAGUUGUUUUGGUUUCAGUAUAGGGACAAGAGCAAGAGCAAUGGUAAAUAAUCAAGAUGUUUUCGACUCAU